AUGGUUUUGCUCACUAGGAUUUGCAUGCUACCUUUCAUAAAUUUUAUCAUGCACAACAGCACGUCAGCUGUUCCACGGUUGAUUAGCAACGGUGCUAAUGUGAUAAAAGAACUUGCAAGUGGUAAAACACUCCUUGAUGGAGGUGGAAACGUAAGCACAAACGCUUCCAACGAGAUUAUCAAUACGGAUGUUUGUUCCUUUUUCUUGAAUUUGCCUGGUUUGGGCCCAAAGAUUAAAAUGUCCAAAUAUUACGAUACUGACAAGAGCGAGUGUAUACUUUCAGGUGUAUUUUUUGGUGUAUUCGUGAUUAUUAUGUUUAUUAGCAUCGUAUUAAUGGUUCACUCUAUCACUCAGCAAAAGAAAAGAAAUGGCAAAGUUUUAAAUCUUCCAAAUCCUUAUUUCAGAUGCUAA